UUUGACCAUUUUCCCCUAAGAAAUUUCAUCACAGUGGAUAGGUUUCCACAAUAUAUUUUUAUUUCAGUGAAAGUGCAUGUAUUAACAGAAACCAGUUCCACUGAACAUUUUUGUCUAGCUGUAGUUUAGAACUCUCUGUCACAAAACAGUAGAAAAUGCACCGUAGGAAGCUAUCUUGAAUUGCCCUCCUGAGGAUAGACUGAAAAUGGUAAAAUGUCUUUUCUAUCUUUAACUUCUAUGAUUUUCAGAUUUUAGCAUGGCUUCACUGAUAACAAUCACCAGGCCGACCUCAAUGAUCUCUCCUCAUUAAUUAUGUGAAUUGUUAAUUUGUUGUUACACAUUGUGCUAAAAUCUAAUCCGAUGAAGGUGCCUAAUGUGAUCCCUAUUUUACAUGCAGAGAUUUAGGGCUCUGAAAUAUAUUCCAAAUUACAGUCUGGUUUAUCCUUCCUGCUGAAGGCACUGAAUGCCUGGCAACCCAGGGAUACUCUUCACAAUGCUUUAUAUCACUAUCAAUGUGUUGCACUAUGUUUAGCCAAAGACCAGAGUAAACUUCUCCUAUACUGCCCCCUGCGGGGUAAUGGGGAGUUUGGCCACACAGCCUGUUCAAUCUAUGGUCUCUAUUCCAGGAUUGCCAGUCCCCAAUGAUGUUGGUUUUUUUUAACUUGGAAAUGGACUGACACAUACCAAUUCAUGUCAUGUAGCAUUUCACUGUCACUUGACAUAGUUUGGAUUUGAAGUGGGGACCUACAGGGAGAAACUUCAAAGCUUCGAUUAUCAAGGUUAUGGGAAGUAGUGUCAGAUCCCUUGAUUUGAUAAGACACUAUAGAAAAAUUAAGGUCCUGGUUUUUGGUUUUUAUAUUUACCUUGGAGUUGUCCAACCAGUUCUCGUGAUCUAAAGAAAGGAUAAUGUGUGAUCUUUCACUCUUUAUUCUCUCGUUUUAUGUCAUUUUAUUUGCCUUACAUGUGGUGAUUUUCACCUACCUGGAAAAUAGGCACUUCUACCUACACAAUAACCCAUGAUCACAGAAAGAAUUGCUCUUCAGGUAUAGGAUGGCAAGUGAUUUGUGGAUGUGCGUGUAGUUACGUACACAGAUGACAGCUCUCUUGCUGGGUGGUGGGUUCCCUGGGCUCCAUUCCUUGCCACCAGCAUCUCUUAUUACCUUUGUAGCUCAGUGUACUUCUCACUGUCAAUUGGCAGCAUUAGGCAACUGCAUGUGUUAAUCAUAGUGAAAGCAAUGCUUUCAUGUCAGGGCCUCUUAUUAUGGUACUGUGUCUUUCUCUCUGUCUCCGAUGUCCACAAAGUCUUGUGGGGACCAUUACAAGCUGGACAGCUAGCAGCCUAGAAGGAGAAGCAAGAAGCUGUGAAGAAUCUAGAAAAGAGAUGAAGAAGGGAGCUAAAGAUUUUGUUUACAGGUCUGUAACCUGGGAUGAUGAGAGUUUUAUUUUUCAGGUUGACAGGCACUGGAGGAGAUACAGCCAUGACCCAACUAGGUGGUGAUGAUAUCCUCAAUAAUGGCUGCAUAGGCAGUCAUUUAAUGUAACUGCAUAUAGCAUAGAGAUAAUUCAUAUAAUAUAAAGGAACUGAUCAGCCAUUGAGCACAACUACCCCCCCCCCCCCAACAACUUACCAUCUAAAAUGCAACAAAUACAAUAUAUUGGAAAAUUGUUUAGGCACAGAGGUGUCACAGACAGUAUCCACACAGGAGGCUUCACAGGACUGAGAUUUGAGGAAGGAUUUGAUGAAAGGAGAGAAUGAAAAUAUAAGGCACUACGAGAGUGAGGCAUAGGGAGUAUGAAUGACAGUGCAGAGGUAAGAGUGGGAGGCACAUACAGGCAGGAAGUAAGGGGCAGUUUUAGCUGAAACCAGCAGCUAAUAAGAUAAUGUUGGAAUAUAACUGGAGGGUGAAAUGACUGCUGUUAUGACUACCAAAAAUUGUUUGCUGUCUUCUGAGAUUCUCAUUGGCUGGCUAGUUUUUCAGCCCUGGUAGAGCAGGUAUAUCUAGCAGUUCUCCAGAGCUGGGAGAGUGAGAGAGCGGCAAGCACAGAUCAUCGGUCAGAACUUGAGAAUGGAUCUGAAGAUGCUCCUAGUCUUUCUUCUAUCUCUCCUUUAUUCUACUGAAGCCUUCCCUAUUCCGGUAAGAGCAAUUCCACAUAAUCCUUCUAUUUCUUAUAGUUCUGAAAAAGAGGAUGAAUAUGAAAGAGAGCUGGAUACAAAGUCUGACUCCCAGGAGAAGGCUGUUUUUAAUCGAAUUUUGAAAGCUAACAAAGAUAGCUCCCAGUUCUUGCUUGAAGGUGACAUUGUUGCAACAAGGAGCCGCAGUGCUAUGGGCUGUCCAAGUAACUCAUGUUUUUGGCCCCAGGCCAGCGAUGGGAUUGUCCAUGUCCCCUAUGUCUUGUCCUCCGAUUAUGAUGAGGAUAAGAAAAAAACAAUUGCUGAAGCCAUGGCAGAAUUUGAAACUUUGACUUGUAUUCAUUUUGUGGAGCGCAAGACAGAAAAGGACUAUCUAGAUAUUAAAUCUGAAAAGGGCUGCUGGUCUUACUAUGGAAAAAUUGGAGGUGCACAGACAUUGUCUUUGAUGAAGCAAGGUUGCAUAUGGAAAGGGGUAAUACAGCACGAACUGGACCAUGCACUUGGCUUUUUACAUGAACACACUCGAAGUGACAGGGACAAUUACGUGAAGAUUAUGUGGCAGUAUAUUCAUCCAAGUCAUGUAGACAACUUCAAGAAAUACAGUGACUCCAAUAAUCUAGACCUUCCAUAUGACUAUUCUUCAGUGAUGCACUAUAGCGCACACACCUUCUCUAACACCUCUGGGAAAGCAACUAUAGUGGCAAUUCCUGAUGCAUCAGUACCUAUUGGAAAGAAAAAUGGACUGAGUAAUUUGGAUGUGGCCAAAAUUAACAAGCUUUAUAAAUGCAAUCGCUGCAGCACUGUUCUUGAUAAACCAUCUGGGUCAUUGAACUCUUUGAACUACCCAUCAAAGUACUCAGAUAAUAUCAACUGUGUGUGGCUCAUCCGAAUCCCAUCCAAACAGGUUUUUUUGCAGUUUGAAGCCCUUGAUCUUCAGUCCUCAAAAGACUGUCAGGCUGACUAUAUUAAAGUCUAUGAUGGGGUCAGCAAGUCUUCCAAGGUUCUUCUGGACAAGACAUGUGGGUCAAAUUUGCCUGUAAACUUAACAGCUUCUGGUACAACUAUGCUAAUAGAGUUCGUCACUGAUAGUACCGAAACAGGCACUGGUUUCCAAGCCUCCUAUACUUCUGGUGAGUUGAGCAUACAAAUAGGGACAGGGCACAGAAAAAGAAUAUUUCAAGAAGUAAUUAACAGACCUGUGUAG